AUGGAUACGCGCCGUUUUUUAAACUUUUACGAGCAACAACUACAAAAUUUUUUGGCGGCAAAUAAAAGCACAUUCCAAAAGCAUUACAAAAACCAAAAGCCCAAAAAAAAGGGAAAAAGCAAGCCCGCUUUAAUUUCGAAACGUUCGAACGCGGGCCGUCCCCGCAAUAAAAGCUUUAAAAAAACCCCCGGCCCAUUUUUAAAUUCCCGUACCGCGGCAAACAAAAAAACGAGCCCCGGCCAAAUUUGCAAAAACAAUAUUUGGACCAUUACCCGGGGCGUUUUCGAUAGCGUUAACCAAAAAAACAUUAAUGCCCGAAAAAAGGACGCUAAAAUGGCUAAGCACGCUUUUAAGCCAAACCAUAACUAA